AUGAAGCUCAGCAUUGUAAUCUCUGUUCUUGCCACCGCUGUGGCCGCAGCACCCACCCCUCACGGCGGACACCCGAAGCGCAAUGACGCCGGCACGACUGUGGACGAUAUUUCGGAACAGCUUUACGGUGCAUGGGGAGGCAUCAAACGUGAUCAGGAAGGCACUACUGUCGAUGAUAUCUCCGAGGCACUGUACGGUGCAUGGGGAGGCAUCAAACGUGACCAGAAGGGCACUACGGUUGAUGACAUCUCCGAGCAACUGUACGGUGCAUGGGGAGGUAUCAAACGUGAUCAGGGAGGUACCACUGUCGAUGAUAUCUCCGAGGCACUGUACGGUGCAUGGGGAGGCAUCUCGAAGCGAGAUGAGGAGGCCACGCAGGGUACUACUGUCGAUGAUAUCUCUGAGGCACUGUACGGUGCAUGGGGAGGCAUCUCGAAGCGAGAUGAGGAGGCCACGCAGGGUACUACUGUCGAUGAUAUCUCUGAGGCACUGUACGGUGCAUGGGGAGGCAUCUCGAAGCGAGAUGACGAUGCCACGCAGGGUACUACAGUGGAUGACAUCUCGGAACAGCUCUACGGUGCAUGGGGUGCGAUCUAA